AUGGGCAAAAGAAAGCGCAACAAUCAGCAGCAGGCGGUUAUGGCCGCUUUCAAAAAGCAGGCUCUGCCCGCAGAGACUAUAGAGUCUCCAUACUCGGUGGUGGCUCCAGAAGAUGUCGAGAUUGUGGUUGAGACACUGCAGACAUUGGCGGAGCACCCAUCCAUCAUCAAGUCCAAAGCAUGCAAAGACUUGAGAACAGCAGUGUUCGAGUUCAGGAAAGCAUGUACGACUGGGGUGAAUGCAGCUGAGGGCAAUAGCCUUACUUCACGCAUAUCUGCCGCGCUCACAGAUGCGAAAUAUACCGAUGCCUUGAUUCUGCUUUCAGAAAUGCGCAUCCGUCAAGAAACUCCCACUUUGGGCGCUCUUUGCCGCUGGAUUCGAAGCAUAGAUGUGGUGUCCGGACUGUCACAUCAAGACCGAGAUCUUGGCAAAGUCAACAAUGGGAGAUAUGCUAACAAUUCAGCAUUGCUAAGAGUGGUCGAUGCAGUUCUGAGGGUUACUGGGCCGACAGAUUCGACGCGUUCUGGGAGUGCUAAGCGGUUGGGCCCCAUCGCGCUUCAAUCGACAUGGGACUUGAGAACAGCGAAAGAGCCAUCACAGCAGCUGCUGGCGAGCAUUGCCGACAAGAGCAUCUUCAAAUCAAACCCAUCAAACAUCAAGGACUCUUUCCGAAUAUUGGAAAAUACACCUGGUCCUCGGCGAAAGCCACCGAACAUGCAUCCAGCAAUCCUGUAUGCCUCCAAGGACGACACGGUUCUUCUGAGCAAUCCGCCACAAGCUAAAUGCCAUCAGCAUCCGGUGUUGUCCGACCUCCGCCUCAUACAAGACGUCCUCUCGCCAGAAGAGUGUCGAUCGAUCGUUGCAGCUGGCGAAUCAAUAGAAUUUAUACCAGACGCGCCAAUCCGGGAUGACGGAUCAGAAACCAGCAUACUGGCCCACAACUUCUACUGGAUAGUCGAUCAGUCUUUUCACGACAAGCUUUGGCAACGAGUCAAGGCUUUUGUUCCAGACUCCGUUUCCGGCAGGAAAGUGCGUGGCAUAAAUCGUAGAUUCCGCGUGUAUCGCUACGUCCCCGGCGCUGAGUAUCGCUGCCAUAUUGAUGGUGCUUGGCCACCCUCAGGCAUCGAUCCUGUUACGGAUGCCUACCAAUACGACUCUUCGCCGUCCGAUGCAAAGCAGUCGAGCUUGUUCACUUUCUUAAUCUACCUCAAUGACGAUUUCAAAGGAGGCGAGACGACCUUCUUCAUCCCGAGCGUGGAAGAAGGUAUCAUCAAUGCCUAUCCUGUCAAGCCAAUCAUGGGCAGUGUCGCUGUCUUCCCUCACGGCGAGGCUAAGGGAGCGCUUUUGCACGAAGGCACUGGUGUUACUGAGGGUGCGAAAUAUGUGAUUCGCACAGAUGUGGAGUACGAUGUCAAGGCUUCACAGUAA